CUCCGUCACACCACCGAAGAAAGGCGCAACUUUUAGCUGCUGCUUGUCUGUUUUGGCGUCUAACUGGAGGCGUUGCAGCUUUCAUCGAAACGAGUACCGCUAGCUAGCUUCCCUCGUCGUUAGCUGGGUUUGCGCUAUCAUGUCCGGCGCAGGAGUCAUCCGAGGACCAGCGGGCAGCAACGACUGUCGGAUAUACGUGGGGAAUCUCCCUCCCGACAUCCGCUCAAAAGACGUGGAAGACUUGUUUUACAAAUACGGAUCUAUUCGCGACAUCGAUCUGAAAAACCGCAGAGGAGGACCGCCGUUUGCCUUCGUGCAGUUCGAGGACCCGAGGGAUGCUGAGGAUGCCGUUUAUGGGCGCGAUGGUUAUGACUAUGAUGGCUACCGACUGCGUGUUGAGUUUCCUAGAAGUGGAAGGGGAGGUGGUGGUGGAGGAGGAGGAGGAGGAGGAGGUGGUGGCGGCGGCGGCGGCGGCGGCGGUGGAGCAAUGGGACCCCCGAGGGGACGGUACGGUCCCCCAUCCCGACGCUCAGAGAACAGGGUCGUUGUGUCAGGUCUUCCUCCCAGCGGGAGCUGGCAGGACCUGAAGGAUCACAUGCGAGAGGCAGGUGAUGUAUGUUAUGCUGAUGUGUACCGUGAUGGCACCGGAGUGGUGGAGUUUGUACGCAAAGAAGACAUGACCUACGCUGUCCGUAAAUUGGAUAACACCAAGUUUCGCUCCCAUGAGGGAGAGACGGCCUACAUCCGCGUGAAGAUGGACGGUCCUCGCAGCCCCAGCUACGGCCGAUCUCGCUCCCGAAGCCGCAGCCGAAGCCGGAGCAAGAGUGGUUCUCGCAGCUACUCGCCACGUCGCAGCAGAGGGUCUCCACGUUACUCUCCUCGGCGUUCCCGCUCCCGCUCCCGCUCUCGUACCUAGACACACCUGACCUAAACUAAAGCGAUGGUGUCCCUCAGAGCCAGAGAGGAGACGUGUUCACAUCACUUAAAAAGCCCUGUAUACUCACCGAGGAUCAUCUUCUGCAUCACCAGUGUAUGCUGUCAUGCCAUGUUGAAUUCUCUCUCUCUCUCUCUCCCCCCUCCCCACACACACACACUUUUUGUUGAAGUUUUAUUUUUUUGUUCUCAUUUUUGCAGACCAGAUCAGUGUGAUCUGUCUACAUAACCUAGUUUUACUUCAUUCUUGCCUUUUCCUUUUCUCGUAAACAUUCUUUUUCUGCUAUCUUUUCCUCAUCCCCGUACUUUUCUUCUCCUGAUUGUGCUUGUUGAAUGCUUUAUGCUUUUGGUUUCAUUUGUAAAGAUUUUUACUUCUUUCAAGCAUAUACUACUGUCCUUUGACCUUCUUGUGUGUUUCUCUGUAGAGUUCAGUGGAUCAGGAUAGGAUGGGACAGAGGAGACAGUUCAUAUUAAGAUAAACAGGAGGAGGAGGAGUCAAAUAUGGCACCAAUGGUAUGAUGGCUGUGCCUUGUCAACUGUGAAAUCUGCAUUCUAAGGCUUGUUAGUUUUUACAUACACUUUAAAAUAGAGUGCGUUUUUGAAUGUUUUCAGUAGUUACAAGUUCUGUGUGCCACUUUGUAAUUGGAGACCCAGAGCUUGUUUUUUUUGUUUUGUUUUGUUUUGUUUUUUAUUUUUUGCUUUCCCUCUCUUUUCAGUAUCCAAAGUAAAUCUUGGCAUUUGGGGCUUGAUUAUAGAUGGUGCCCCGUUGUUUUUCUCAAAGUAAACUCCCUGGUAGUUGCAUUUAUUGACAUUACUUGAAGUAUUUUCUGAAGGUGUGAUUCUAAUUCGCCUCCUUCUCUUUGGUUCUGCUGGUAUUCUGAAGGUUUGGACUGGGCUCAGUGUCUCCCCAUUCCGGAGCCGGAUCAGGAUUCAGGAUCAGAGCAGGAUUAGGAUUAGGCUUCAGGAUGGAUACAUGGAGCACGACCCCCGGCCCUGUCCACAUAACCCCCAUCAAACCGGAAACAUUGUAGUGAGAAAUUUAAACCAAAUUGGCUUUCGAAUUACUCCAAUUUUUUUUAUUUUUUUAUUUCGUGUGGGACCUCAGAGACACAAUUACUGACGGCACAGUGAACAGCGAUUUAUUUUUUAAAUUUUUGUUCUUUUAAAUUCUAAAAAAAGAAAAAAAAAAAAAAGAAGAGCAAAGCUCGGAUCAAAUCCAGGAGGAGGGCUGGGAGGUGCAGGAUGGAUCCACACGCGUAAGGAGAGUGGUAAAUAGUGGGCAAAUGUUACCAGUGGAGGAGGGAGGGAAGGAAGAGGGAGGUCUGGGAGGCGACAAGGGAAUGUGACCUUAAUGUGGUUUGUAUUUCUUUUCAUAGGUCAGUCUUUUCCAAAGGUGGAGGAUUUCUGAUUUUCUUACAUAUAAUCUCCAAUAUUUCAAAGCUUUAUUCUCUUUUAAUAAAACAUUCAAUAACAUUUAA